AUCUGUCUUUUACUUCAUAUUUCUUUUCUUUUGAGUUCUCUUAGACUCAAGUGUGUCACUCGCCCAUCCCAUCUACUUCAUGCUUGCGGCUGUCCAAUCCAAUUCCAGAUCAAACUCAUUAUCAUGUAGCAGCCUAUUCGCUCUGCUGCUACCAUUUAUUUUCUUCAGUUUCUUUCUGCAUUUUCUGCUGAGCGACCAUUUUCUGCUGAGCGACCAAUGUGCUUGUUCAAAUGCAGCAGCCGCAGAUCGAUGAGCUCCACUUGAAGGCCAUCUUCAAGAAGUUUUGAGACAGCAGGGUUGAAGGCAGAGGGGGAAAAGAGUGAACAUGCAUUCAACACUAGAGGGAGAUGGAGUGAGUCGACUCAUGAUUCAGGCUUCCAACCACACACAACUUGUUAUCCUGACCGGACUCAGUGAAGCAAAUAGACACUACCCAGUCUCCCUUUUUCAAAACAAUGGUGAUCCGGCAAUUGGAUGGUGGUUAGCCCUCUCUAUAACGGUUCGGGCGGUUGUUUAUUUUGCCCUUCUAGCAUUGUUGGCAAUUGUGAUAUGCAUGAUAUUGAAUUGCCUGGAUGACUGCGACUUGGAGAGUGAGACGGAGACUGACCCGCUCCUGCCGGUGCCGGCGACGGCAGUGCGAUGCACGUACGGAACGCAACUGCAAGAAGGAGGAGGAGAGGACAUGGAGACCGGAAAUUGCGGUGGGCGGAAAUGUUGGUCGGAGGAUCUGUACGAUGGAAAGCUGUGCGUGAUUUGCUACGAGCAGCGGCGGAGCUGUUUCUUUGUUCCCUGUGGUCACUCUGCCACCUGCUGCCAAUGUGCCCACAGGAUUUAUGAUGGGGAAAGGAGGGCAUGCCCGGUGUGCCGAAAAUUCAUUCGCAAAAUAAGAAAGCUAUUUGCUUAGGCUUUCAUAUUUUCAAGACGUGCAUGAAAUCUUAAAAGUUGUUUGGUACGUAAAAAUGGAAUGAAAAUGAAAUAAAAUAAUUUUUUAUAAUUUUACAUAUUCAUCACCUAAAUUUUCAUUUAUUUCAUUCUCAAUUCAUUCCAUUUCAAUGUAACGAACAUUGAAUUAGUUUUUUUUUUUUUUUUCAUUUGUACCAAAAAAUAAAUUAACAAGGCCAAUUUUGUAGUUGAAACUUCUGGCUAGAAAAAAAAUUAUGUUUGGGCCAAUGUUAGAGUAGAUGGUUUCAAUUGUGGGCCGGGCCUUGAAUUGUGCCCUAAGUCGCAUGGGCUGUUCAUAUUGA